UCACAAGAGUAUGCCUUCUUUUAAACUUUUCAUUGUCAAGAUUCAAGAUGUUCAACUUUCGACAUCUAGCUUCUUUGGUUCUAUUUAUUAUUUUCUGUUGCGCUUUAACAAACGUUGUGCUUAGCAGUAGUAAAUAUUCAGAAAAAGCUAAUAGCAAAGAUAAGAAUGAUCUUGAUUUCGCAAGUCAAGAAAGGCCAUUCAGAAUGCUUAAAAUUAACUUGCUAUGGGAAAAAGCAAAAAAGAAACUUUCCAGUGUGAAGUUGGCAGAUUUGUAUGCUGACUUGGUGAUUCAAGAUAAACAGGAGGCUCACCUUAAGAAAGUCAAGGCUGACAAGUUAGAUAAAGAUGGGAGUUUAGAAGCCAAGGUCCUCACAAGUUACCAGCGUAUUGUUGACCAAUAUGGUUUAACAGAAUUUUACUCAAACAAUGAAAUUCCUAAACACAAGUGGAAUGAAAAAGACACAGAGUUUCGUGAUCCUAAGCUACAGUCUAUGUGGAGACGAGCAGAAGAAGCAGGAUUUUCUGAGAAAGAUCUAAACAUGCUAAAAGAAGAAUUUAUGCACCAACAGAUGAAAAUUGAAGAGUAUGACUUUGUACAUCGUGAACUUGAUAAUGUAGCUAAUCCCAAUGAUAAUACCAUUGACAGAGAACAAAAAAAUUUAGACUAUUCGGAGACUGAGAGUGAAGAGAGAAAAGCUGCAAAGAAAAAAGCCAAAAAAGAAUUAAAUUACGGUUAUAUUAGACUGGAGCAUUUGACUUCCUCCUUGAUGAGUGAAGAGCCAAUGUUUAAAGAUGCCAGGGUACACAAGCUGUGGGCUUUGGCUAAAAAAACAAACUGGACAGAAGAGGAACUGAACAGUUUCAAGGGUGAACUAAAACACUUUGAACACAGACUGCUGAAGCAAGAUUAUUAUAAAGAGCAACUGGAAAUGUCCCAAGAAGCAUUAAAAAGUUCUUCACAUGAAGGGGGUGAAAUCUUAGAAAAACACCAACAUCUGGAGGAGAAACACAAGCUGAUAAAUACAAGGGUAAAUAAAUUCCAUUCUGAGCUGCAGUCAAGACUAGAGAAAGCUUUACAACACUCAGAGCUGUGAUGGGAUCAAUUGAUGUUUGUAUAAAUCUAGUCCAGCCACCAGUACUUACACUGUCUAUAUUGUUUGUCCUUUGAAUCCAAUAGAUGAUGGACCUAAUCUAUUACCAUUAGCUAAUUCCUUUUGCAUGUCAAAUAGUAGGUUUGAAAAUAUGUAUUUGGGAUAUGUGCAGAAAAUCAGUAAAAUCCUGAUUUUGUUUGCUUAAAUGCAAUUUUAGAUUCUUUGUCCAUUUUUUAAUUUAGAAAAAAGUUUAAUGUAAGUUUUUAAAUUGUGUUUAAAAUGCAAUUUUUAUGACCCGACUAAUGAAAAUGUUAAGGACAGCUUAAACCCCAUAAUUGAUUUUUAGUAAUUAGACUUAUUUUACCUAGUUUAAAUAAUGUAGAGUGACUACAAAAUCAUAAGAAAAGCCAGUUUUAGCUGGCAAGUAUUGUAUACA